AUGUGUCAGAAGUCAAGCUACGAAAAGCGGUGCGAAGACUGCAACUCGAGGGUCAUCAUCCACGUCGUGACCCAUCAAGUAUGCAACGGCAAGCCCCCAGUAUUGAUGACCAAGGCCGAAAAGGCGGACCGCAAGAAAAGAGGCCGUGAAAUACCCUAUCACAAGGACGGCUUCAUAUGUCAGCGCAGAAUACGGCCUUACAAGAGAUACUGGUCCUACGUCGGAUCGCACGCCUGCUGGUAUUGUAGCCAUCGCAAGCAAAGGAACGAAGCGGCGGAAGAGCUCAAAACCCUCCUUGCAGACAAAAAUCGAACAGAAGCAGAGUUACCUGCUUCACUGGCCAAAGCGGAUGAGAGUGUCUGGAAAAGCCUCGAGUAUUUGCCUCAGCCAAGUUUUGAAGACGAUGAACAGCCAGAUGACUCAGCCGAGUCGACCGAUUCACCUGCUCCCAGCGACGGCGAGCCUUAUUCCCUUCCAGUGUUAGAUAAGGGGAAGAGGAAAGCGAUCGCAACAAUCGAAAUGGUGGAUGUACCAUCUGAGGCUACCAGGCCUUCUCUGUUCCUUGAAGCUUCAGAGGUUGCCAGGUCUCCUCCGUUACCUGGAGCAGAUCGAAUGGGGAUCCAAGAUACAGAUUCUGAUCUUGAGAUGGAGGAUAGGGAGAGCAGUGAGGUGCAGGACGCGACAAGCGUUGACAUGCCGACUGCAAGAGGCUUGGCUCUUGCAGCAUUAUCUCGAUUCUACGGCUGGAGUGAACGAAUGUGA